GUCGGAACAUCGGCGGCUGCCCGGGUGACUCGGUUAUAUGUCACAGAAUAACAUUAGAGGAUGGGACAUGGAAUGAGGCGACGGCCACAGCAGCCCCAGCAGCUCCCGCCACCCCCGCCGCCCGGAGAAGCCGUGCAGCCAUGAGGCCGACCGUCCAGAGGUGGGUGUGAAGCUUUGUGGCAAAAUUCAAGUCGCCUUUCUAGGCACGGCCCGUAAGCGGAGUUCCAGCCGCCGCUCCCCUUUCGCGCGUCCUGCUGCAGCCAGAAGCAUGGAGAAGGCCGCCUCCGCGGGGCGCUGAUCCCCGCGCCGCGCCCGCGCUCACACGCCCCCCGCCGCCCUCCCCGCCCCUGCCCCACCAUGACCGGCUCGGCGGCGGACACUCACCGCUGCCCCCACCCCAAAGGCGCCAAAGGCACCCGGUCCCGGAGCAGCCACGCGCGGCCCGUGAGCCUCGCUACUAGCGGGGGCUCGGAGGAGGAGGACAAAGACGGCGGGGUGCUGUUUCACGUUAACAAGAGCGGCUUCCCCAUCGACAGCCACACCUGGGAGCGCAUGUGGAUGCACGUGGCCAAAGUGCACCCCAAGGGGGGAGAAAUGGUGGGCGCCAUCAGGAACGCCACCUUCUUAGCAAAGCCUUCAGUACCCCAGGUUCCCAACUACAGGCUGUCGAUGACGAUCCCAGACUGGCUCCAGGCAAUCCAGAACUACAUGAAGACACUACAAUACAAUCAUACAGGGACCCAGUUCUUUGAAAUUAGGAAAAUGAGACCUCUGAGUGGGUUAAUGGAAACAGCGAAAGAAAUGACUCGGGAGUCCUUGCCUAUCAAAUGCCUUGAAGCUGUCAUCCUGGGCAUAUACUUAACCAAUGGACAGCCUUCCAUCGAGCGAUUCCCCAUCAGCUUUAAAACCUACUUCUCAGGAAACUACUUUCACCAUGUUGUGCUGGGGAUUUACUGCAAUGGCCGCUAUGGCUCACUGGGCAUGAGCCGAAGGGCUGAGCUGAUGGACAAGCCAUUGACCUUUCGGACUCUGAGUGACCUCAUCUUUGACUUUGAAGACUCCUACAAGAAAUAUCUGCACACAGUCAAGAAGGUCAAGAUUGGGUUGUAUGUCCCCCAUGAGCCUCAUAGCUUCCAGCCCAUCGAGUGGAAGCAGCUGGUCCUCAAUGUCUCGAAGAUGUUGAGGGCUGACAUAAGGAAGGAGCUGGAGAAAUAUGCCAGGGACAUGAGAAUGAAGAUCCUGAAACCUGCAAGUGCCCACUCUCCAACCCAAGUGAGAAGCCGGGGAAAAUCACUGUCCCCCCGAAGGAGGCAGGCAAGCCCCCCAAGACGGCUCGGCAGGCGAGACAAGUCGCCUGCACUGCCUGAAAAGAAGGUGGCUGAUCUCAGCACUCUGAAUGAAGUGGGCUAUCAAAUCCGAAUUUAGGCCAGCCAUACAGCCGGCAACAGGGCUUCUAUGGUGCUUCUGUCUGCACUUUACCCAGCAUCUUCAGGAGGAACUGCAACUAUUUAUUAAGAACUUGUGAAUUUUAUUUGUAAGGGUUCACUUGGAAUAGACUCUGAGUGGGUGGUAACAAAACUUUAAAAAAAUUCACGAAGGGACAACCAUGAAAAGGCUAAGUAAUAAACCCCACUGGGGUCAGACUGUCUCCCUCACUCCAGAUAGAAAGGAUAAGACCAUAACUGUAGUUUUAUAUUUUUCCAUUUACCUACAUUCUUUUACUUGUUUUAAACAGCAGUAGUAAAUGUUCAUGAAACCCUCCCUCCCACUUUUGAUAUAGUAAGGUAACUCAAUCAGUAUUAGUAUCUUUUUCAGCAAUAACAGCGGCAAAGAUUGGUGGAGUUUUUUUUUAAGCAGUCAAUAUUACCUCAGCAUCUUGACAUCAGAUAUGCAAAUUUAAUGGUGUUUUGUUUUUUUAUAUUCUAUUUGUAUUGUUUCCCCAAUAUUUUCCAUGGGGAUCUCCACAAGGUUUGGAAUUUUUUUCCUGGUGCACACAUGCGAUGAAAUUUAAGGUAUUAUAUGCAAGUGUUUUACUAAAAAAGCACUGAAAUUCUUCUGGCAAUACGGGAAACCACUUUCAGGACCUUGGAGUUACUUCUUUCUUAAAUCUUUCUUAAAGCAUUCACUGACAGCAGUUUUUGUUCUUUCAAAACAAAACAAGAAAAGCACGUUCAGAAGCUAGUCUAUGUUCUGUCACUAACAUUUAAACUUUGCAGAGUCCAGCAAAAAGCACACAGGGUCAUGAACUGUUACACAAAUUUAGCAGUAUUGCAAUUACCUCUGACAGUAACACACUCAGAAAGGCACAGGCCAGGAGUAGAUCAGUAGGUCUUGAGAACCAGCUAACCUUGCUGAUCCCAUUUCACCUGAUUUCGAAACUCUAAGUCAGGCCUCGAUUCUGAAGGACUCACUGUUGUUAGAGAUGUGUUCUGAUGUCUUAUAUUAAGACCAAAUACAACACGAUGUGAUUAUUUUCCAGUACGUUGCUUUUAGGUACCACUUCAUGAUGCUUAGGAACUGGUAUUGGACAAUACAAUGAAUUAGAGAAGCAGAACCUUUUUUUAAUGGAAAAGUCUUCAGGUACAGUGUUACACCUUACAGUGUGAUUUAGUCCACAGAGCACAGUAUGAAUAUCCAGCCUGCAUAUGGUAGUUACAGUGUAACUUCUGGCUGCAGACCACACAGAAUAACUCUAACAGCAUACCAAGUCUCUAUGUUAUCAAGAGUACAGCUUCCGUUUCAUUUGUUUGAUCUUAGCAACCAUGCCAACUCAUGAAACCAAAAGGCAUAUUUAAGUGAAGUCUGCUAGUCAACAAAAGUGUUAUUUCAGUCUCAGUGCUUCCCCCUCUGGUUUUCUUUGACUGAAGUGUACAUCUCAAUUAGAUUAAAAUACAGCAUAAGUUAA